AUCGAAAUUGAAAGUGCACAUUUUACUGUGGCGAAUUUUUAAUAAAUACGCAUAGGGAUACGCCAUUUUUGAGUAAACACACACUUUGUUGACUCUGAAAGAGACCUUGUGUUUGAUGCUGUUAAUUUAUGAACCCAGUGGUAAUAAAUAAUUACAACGGGCCACCAAAUAGAUCCAGAAUAGAGAAGGAAAGCUUGGGACAGGUUUUCCAGUCACCUCAGCUACUAUCUGUCCACUCGCCAUCAAAGACCGGAAAAAUCCUGCCAACUUUCUGGGGACAUGGCCAAUGAGUAGACCGGAACACAUGAAUAUUGUUUUAAGUGUUUAAUUCACGUUGAAAACUAUGGCGGGUAAUGUUCCUGUAUAUGAUGAUGAAGGAGAUCCUGCUGCUGGUUCAGAGGGAGCUGAUUUUCUUGUUCACACAGAUGAAACAGUUUUGGUCAAGGAGUAUGACAGUAAGGAUGCAGCCAUCCUCAAGCUGUUCUUUCAUAAAGAACUCAAAGAGAUUUCGCUGGUUGGGUUGAUAAAUUGUGAUCCCCCCAAAGGUCCUGGCCUGAAGCUCCUAAUUCGAAGCAUAAAGACGAAAAGGGCAAAAGUUGAUCCACUGAUAAAGGAUCUGGAUAAUAAACUGAAAAUGAUUGAAGAAAGGGAAGUAACUGUACCAAGUGAUGCCUUUGCAAAGUUGGCAGAGCACAUGCGUUCAGAGGAGAAACGACAGAUUGAUGCUCAACAAAAAGAACUUGUCUUGUAUCGUCCAGACUUUGUUAAGAAAAUUGUAAACAUUUUUUUCUGGCCAGGGAAUGAAAAGACAGUAAUUAAAUUGAAGCGGGAGCUAGGCAUCAUCGAGACUGGCGGAACACGAAACAGAAGUGCACCAAGCUACCAGGCUGAAGAUAGAAAUCCUUCUGUUGCAGGCAGCGGUCAGUUUUCUGAUCUUAAGACUUCCUUUUCCAUUGCUGACUCGAGUACUUUUGAAGGAAGCAUAUCACGGGAGCUGCCAACUCAAGGAAAACCGCGCGAUGCUUAUGACGAGCGUAUGGACUGGAAGAGUCGUCCACAAUCAUGCUUGAUAGAUAAUAAUAUAGUUCAGCAUCACAUUCAAGGUUGGAAACAAGGGCAUGAUAUUGGUCAAAAUAAUGGAAGCACCCAAGUUCAUGACUCCAGAUGUGUCAAAGAAUUACAUUUCGAUGAUCUUGCUAUAACCACUGAGGUUAAAAAACUGCAAGCAGAGAAGUUUAAAUGGGGUGCCGUUGCUCAGCAGUUUACCUUAAACACCAAUUUGAAAGUAAAAAUUUUCAAAGGCGACAUUACCAAGUCUGUUAACGAUGCACUGGUGUGUGGCAUUGGAACAGAUACGCAGUUUAGUGGAUUGGUAGCUGACGCGUUGAAAGCUGCAGGUGGAUUUGACUUUAAAAAGGCUGUUUCUAAAACAAUCACAAGUUCAAAAACAGGAAAACCUGGUAAGGUAAUAAAGUGCGUGUCUGGGAAGUUAAAAGUAAACUGGGUCAUCUUUGUUGUAUGUGAUAAGCUGAAUGAUAUCGAUACAAAGCAACUUGCCAUGUACAGAGAAUGUGUCUACAAUUUAAUGAAAAGGGCCAACGAAUGGUACAUACCGAAGAUUGCAAUCCCAUUAUUUAAAACGGAAAAUUUGCAGACCAAUGAGAACAACAUCCAGAAGUGUGGGAUUGCAUUCAUACGGGCUCUUGAUAAUUUCGUAGACGACAUAGAAGGGAAACACGUUAAUGUGAAGGAAAUCCAUCUUGUAAAUACUAGUGACCUCGUUACAAGCACACUUGUAAAAGUAUUCGAUGCCGCUAGCAAACAUUACAGCCACGAUGCUUGUAAAGCGGCUAAAGAAAAACAGAAAUACUUUGAACAUGGAACUGAACCCCCCAGCGAUGUAAGUUGUGGGGACGAUCAGCGAUGCGUAAUUAACAGUGAUGGCGCACGUGGUUUCGCACGUGUUAGCGCGAAUGGUGGAGCUAGAUGUAUGUUUACGUUGGAUCACGAGACAGAGGCUACCCAUGAACAGAUUGGACGUGAAUGGCCAAGAGAGCGUCCACCAGUUAUGUUUGCGGGUAUAUCAAAGCGUGAACAAUGCAAGCAGAUUGUAUUGAAUGCUCUGGGACUGAAAACAUGGACUGAGGUGGAAGAUUCCUACGAUCAGGCAGACAACAUGCUCCAGUACACUGAUGAUGUUUCAACAUCAGAAGGACGUAUACAUUUUUUGGCACGCGCUCUCGAACUGGCAAAGAUGGGCAAAACAAAAUGGACUGUGCAUAUCACAGUAAAAAGAAAUGGCGUGGAAGUACCGGUUGAUAAGCAAUUGAUAGGCAAACAUUCGAGUCAAAUAAUAAAGGAAAUGAAAAAGAAACCUUAAUGCAUACACUUAUAUAAAUUGGCCGCCAUCCAUUCUGAAUUCUGCAAGACGCAAAUCUAAAUAAAAUUUUUAUCUAUUGUAAACUCACAAAUUGUUAAAUAAUUGCAAUUUUCCUACAGUUAUUUUAGGCGUCCAAAUAUGAUGAGUUUUACUGAUGGCAUAUGAACAAUGUGAAAUUAUAAUGAUGUGUAUUGUCAUAAAGUAGAAAUCUGAAAGAGGUGAACUGAUAUUGACUAAGAGACAAGCACUUGGCGAUAUAUUCUACAUUUCACAUUUCUAAGCGUCGAACCAGAAAGAAUUAUAUGCCAGAAUAAAACUUAAAGAUUUAUUUAUUUUUAGACUAAGUGUGCAUGAAAUCAGAGUUGUAUUUAUAAUGGAUAAAUGAUGAGAUACAACUAACAUGUAUAUUUUACUAUGCCCGCAAAUGUGAUUUUUCUGUACAUCAAUUUUUUGUUGUUGAACGGAUUCAAAUUCUACUUCAAAGUUAUGACUUAAUCGUGGACCGGUAGAUGGAAAAAACUAUUAUAAGAAAACAGUUAAGUUUGUAAAAACAUCACUAAUUUACAUAGAUAUGUUUUGUAGUCGAUGCUAUAGUAUUUUUGCAAGUGUGUAUUCUCAAUGGCAUUAUAUUUGUUAAAGAAUAUUAAAGCAGGGCGAAUUUUUACUUGAUCUGUAAAUACUUUACAGGGACCACUAUUUAAAGAGUAUCCCUUAUUGAUGCCAAAUAAUGUGUUCUUAAUUUUACACCUACAAGGUAGCAAAAACGUUAUGUAAAUACACAUUUUGGGCAGCCUUCAUAACUUACGUUCACACUUCUUGUUUGUUAUUACUUUUAAGGAUUUUCAUUACUCAAAGUGUUAUGUUCAUACGAAUUAAGGUAUGAGUAAGUCUAGCUUCCUCUAUGCUAUUGUAAUAUAAGAUAUCAUUUUGUUAAGUCACCAUGUCUGCUCAAUAUCUCCUAUACCCUUUGCUGGAUUUUCACGAUUGCCUGGAUUGCCUCACAUGUAAAGAGCAUUGAGAAACAUAGCAUAAAGCACGAGCCAGUCAUGCCGGUUCAAGGUCAAUGUCCUUUUUAAAGGCCAAUUGUAUUUAGUCUCAUUUUUUUAUUCCCGCCAUUUCUCCUUUACACCAACUUGACUAAAUUAUGAAGACACAAAACAGUCACACAGGCUUAAGGUCAAGACAAUACUGCAUGUCUCAAGCGUGAGCCUCUAUAUUAGCGUCUAGUCCAUAUAUUUAUACCCAUUCAAUGAUUUUCAUUAAACACGCCUUCAUGGUUAAGGUCAUUAGAACGACGUACAGAAGGCAUGAGUACGUUAUGCCGGCUCAAGGUCGAAAUUCAUGUUCGUGUCAGCUCUAUACAUCCAAUACCCAUCGAAGGAUUUUUUAAACUUGGCUGCAUUGUUAAUUCAUUGAUGCGAUGCGCAGAAAGGACGAUUCAGUCUCACGGGUUUUGCUAACUCGUGGAAGUGAAUACUUUAGCGUUCAUUUUCUUUGAAGCAUGCUUCAUAUCUUCUGUACCCAUUGAACGACUUUUUUUAAAAGAUUAUGUUAUUCAAAAGAUGUAUAGAAGUGAGCAAAUAACGUUGGUUGAAAAUCAAGGUAACCACUUCGAAGUCCAAAACAAUAUUGAAUAGAGAUAUUACUGUAGUCUCAUGGAUUGGAAUGUCUUGUUGGUUGUACAAAUUGUUGAGCUGUUGUGUUUUUAAGUGUAUUAAAUUGAAGAUGUAGCUGUGAUCUUUUUACAUGCUUUGAAUAAAACUGUAUUAUACAGAAAUUGUGUCGAUAUAUAAUAUAAAUAUUUAUGAUUACUG